AUGGGCACUUGUUAAUCUGAUAAUCAAUAUUAAAAUGAAAGUUAACCAUAAUCAGAAGAGGAACAUAUUGAAACUGAACAAAUGCAAUAUGUAGUUUUAGCUAGUUGGAAACAUGAUUAAUAAAAUGGAUCUAAUAAACCAAAUCAUAUUAUCUUUGGAAAAUCAAAUACAGAUUAUUUAUAAGGACAUAAUUAAUUUUAGAUUAAUUAAGGUUCAGUUCAAAAUUCUAGAAUAGCUGUUUCAUCAAAUUAAUUAAAUGUUUCCAACAUAUAAAAUAUUACAUCAAAACCUUUAAAUUAAAUUGAAUAAAAAUAGAGAUUUUCAGCAUUUAGUGGAUACUCUUAAACUGAUAGAACUGCUGGGUUAGUCAAAGAUUAAGAUAUUUAAAGAAGACCUAUUAAUAUAGCAAAAAGAAACAUAUUUUGA